CUGCCACGGUUAAGGUAACGAGGCUGCACUUCGUACGGGUCCUGCGUUCUUUCCGCGCCGGUCCGCAACUCCGCACGCCACGCGGUAUUUGUUUUUUUUUUCCAUUUUCGAAACAACACAACCGUACGCAUUGUACGCGCACGUCUUUUCGGUUACGUAGGCGUCAGAUAUGUUUGCCGAUUGAGGAAAUCAUCGCAAAACGAAGAAGAAAGAAUGUCGACGGAAAUUAAAGAACAGCCGCAGGAACACCUUUUGACGGCGCCUCAAAAUGAAAACGACGUCGAACAGCCGACGACGUCGAAUAAUGUACGCGGCGAAACUUUUCAAAACAGUUGCAGUGUUAGUUUCGAUCGGUGUUCUUGGCACGAGCACGUUUACAGGAGAUUAACGAACAAACCGACCCCUCACUAUAUCGAAAAUAUAUUGGGGUUGGCUAACGGGACGCCGGCGAUCCCGCCGCAGAACGAUUAUCCCAACUUGCAGGCGGUACACGGCGAGUUCGAAACGAACGAACCCCUCAAUCUGUCAGUCAAGAGUGAACCCAAAGUCAGAACUAAAUGUCCAAAAGAAACCACCCGUAAACGGAAAAAGGCAAGGGAACAACCGUUGGACUUAAAAGUGCCGGUUCCUCAGAUCGAAACCAACCACCAUUUUCAACAACAAUCGCAGCAGCAUCAGCAACAACAGCGUCAGAGUCAAAUUGAUACCGCGCAGCCCACCAUCGUUGACGAAACGGCCGAAAACAAAAAAGGCAAAAAGAAAGCACGAACGACUUUUACCGGGCGGCAGAUUUUCGAAUUAGAGAAACAAUUCGAACAGAAAAAGUACCUCAGCAGCAGCGAACGGUCGGAAAUGGCGAAGCUUUUAAACGUUACGGAAACACAGGUGAAAAUAUGGUUCCAGAAUCGACGCACGAAGUGGAAAAAAAUUGACAACAUAUCGAACACGGAAGCGGCCGAGCAUAAACCGAACUGUCCGAAAAGCGAAGAAAGUCGCAACCGAAGUUAUCACAGAUCCGGCGGCCACAACCACAGCCAAAGUUCGAAUUCGAGUAUGGAAAGCGAUUCGAAAAGUUCGGCCACUUCAAGCGCAAUGGCGGACCAGCCGCCGUCGCAACAAAGUUUUAAGGACAUUCUGCAGAAAAAUCACCCGUUAACCAGCGACGACCAUUUCCAAAAUCAAAUCGACAAUGCCAAAGACGUACUUUUAAAUUUAAGCUUUAACGCGACUGACAAUUCUCAGACUGAUUAAUUUUUCAUUUUUCUUUUUUUAACCACGGCGGCGGACGUUUUAAAUUUCUACCAAUAUAUCUGAAUAGUUUUUUUGGUUAUUUAAUUUGAUAAGAAGUUUCCUUUAAAAAUCAUGCUGUGAAUAAUGUUAAAUAUUGUGCUUAAAUAAUGUAACUUUACUGUGACAAAAAAAAAACGCAACUUGGAAAACAACUACGGGUGGUGCGUCAAAAUUGCGGUUAUUUUGACGCACCCUGUACGUAUAUUGUUUUACAUGUACAUAUGUACUUUAAUACUUAUCUAUCGUUUAGACCUUUCUAGAGCUAAACAGGGUGUAGUUAGGUAAACUUCUCCUCAGCUGUCUGCAUUUUAUCUCCGAAACGUUUCCGUCUUCCUCAGUAAUUCCGAAAUAAACUUCAGGACUCCUACUUGUUAAAAACACUUUACUCUUACUAGGCGUUCAACGUCUAUUUAUAAAUGUAAACAACCCCCGCGAAAAGGGCUUUUUAUGUGUGAUGUAACACUGAAAAAAAUUUUACCUAGAAGUGUGAUGGACAAACAAUAAAAUCAAAUUAAAUGAAUCCGAAUAAAAUGUGUCCCGUACUGAAUAAUGAAUGUAGUUAAUAUAUCGCACUUAAAAAAAAACCCUAUAUUUUCCUAGAGAAAAGCGACUUAAAAAAAGUGUUAAACACAGAGUACAAUUCGAUUAGUUGGUUGCACAAUUUGUAUUAGAAGAAUAUUUUUAAUAAGACUUUAGAAAUUGAUAUUCUAUUAUACGAGCGAAAACGUUUAGAAUUUUAUUGAUUAUUUUUUGUACUGUUUAAUUAACGUGAGUGUUCAUUUGGAUAUUUUUUUAAAAACACAUCAAGCCAUGCGACUCUGUAUGUUACCUUUGUUACAUUUCAUUUUUAUGUUUGAAACUAAUUUUGUACUACAUAUUUUUAAGUGUUACUUACCAUAACGCAAUAUCAAUAAAGUAUCUGU